AUGAUCUCCGCCGUGUCCAGCCCGUGGCUCACGCAGCUCUCGCACUUCUGCGACGUUGCAGCCUUCACGGCCAGCAGCCUGAGCGGCCUGGGAGCGGCGGGGGGCUUCCCGGGCGCCGCGUCGCCCGGCGCCGACCCUUACGGCGCGCGCGAGCCCCCGCCGCCGCGCUACGAGCCGUGCUCCGCCGCCGCGCCGGGCGCCCCGGGCCCGCCGCACGCCUACCCGUUCGCGCCGGCCGCCGGGGCCGCCAGCAGCGCCGCCGAGCCCGAGGGCCCCGGGGUCAGCUGCGUGGCCGCCGCCAAGGCGCCGGUGAAGAAGAAUGCGAAGGUGGCCAGCGUGAGCGUGCAGCUGGAGAUGAAGGCGCUGUGGGACGAGUUCAACCAGCUGGGCACCGAGAUGAUCGUCACCAAGGCCGGCAGGCGCAUGUUCCCCACCUUCCAAGUGAAGCUGUUCGGCAUGGACCCCAUGGCUGACUACAUGCUCCUCAUGGACUUUGUGCCCGUGGACGACAAGCGCUACCGGUAUGCCUUCCACAGCUCAUCCUGGCUGGUGGCUGGGAAGGCAGACCCCGCCACGCCGGGCCGCGUCCACUACCACCCCGACUCGCCGGCCAAGGGGGCCCAGUGGAUGAAGCAGAUUGUCUCCUUCGACAAGCUCAAGCUGACCAACAACCUGCUGGACGACAACGGCCAUAUCAUCCUCAACUCCAUGCACAGAUACCAGCCACGCUUCCACGUGGUGUACGUGGACCCGCGCAAAGACAGCGAGAAGUACGCCGAGGAGAACUUCAAAACCUUCGUGUUUGAGGAGACUCGCUUCACCGCGGUCACUGCCUACCAGAACCACCGGAUCACGCAGCUCAAGAUCGCCAGUAACCCCUUCGCCAAAGGCUUCCGAGACUGCGACCCCGAGGACUGGCCCCGGAACCACCGGCCCGGCGCGCUGCCGCUCAUGAGCGCGUUCGCCCGCUCGCGCAACCCCGUGGCCUCCCCCACGCAGCCCAACGGCGCAGAGAAAGACACGGCCGAGGCCCGGCGAGAAUUCGAGCGCGAAGUGAGCGGCCCGGCGGGGCUUGGGGACCCGGCGCACCCGCCGCAGCUGCUGGCGCGGGUGCUCAGCCCCGCGCUGCCCGGGCCCGGGGUCCCGCUGCCCGGUGCGCCCGGAGGCCGGCCCAGCCCCCCGCACCCCGAGCUGCGCCUGGAGGCGCCCGGCUCGUCGGAGCCGCUGCACCACCACCCCUACAAGUACCCGGCCGCUGCCUACGACCACUACCUCGGGGCCAAGAGCCGGCCGGCGCCCUACCCGCUGCCCGGCCUGCGCGGCCACGGCUUCCACGCGCACCCGCACGCGCACCCGCACCACCACCCGGCCGUGAGCCCCGCCGCGGCCGCCGCCGCCGCCGCCGCCGCGGCCGCCGCCGCCAGCAUGUACUCGUCGGCCGGGGCUGCGCCGCCGGGCUCCUACGACUACUGCCCCAGAUAG